UAAUUUCCUCUCUCCUCCCGUGUCGGAGAAACCUGAGACUCCUGGUUUCAUCCGCUGAAAGUUCGAAAAUGCCCUCCGCAGCUUCAACCCUAAAACCAUAUCUCCAGGACAAGUGAAAUUUAGGAUCGUGGCCUAGAUUAUAUCAACCGUGUUACCGAUAUAGGACAUUGAUUCAACUGGGAUUGUGUAAAUGAUGGUUGGGAAUCCAAUAGUUCAGGUUCCAACAUGCCCUGCUGCACUAUCUUCAGCAUUGGCUACCCUCCCAUGGGGUUCUGGAAAUUUCAUGCCUUGUCUUCCACCAAGAUCAAGAAAGAAACUCUUGCUAGUGAGAGCUAAUUCUGCAGAUGCAGGACAUUCUCAACCGCCCUCUCCUUCAAAAACAAAGAAUCCACUUGCAGUUAUAUUGGAUUUUCCUCGGAAUGUGUGGAAGCAAACAUUACGUCCAUUGAGUGAUUUUGGCUUUGGUCGGAGGAGUAUUUGGGAAGGUGGGGUAGGGCUUUUUCUUGUAUCAGGUGCAGUUCUCCUUGUUCUCAGUUUGGCUUGGCUGAGGGGAUUUCAGUUGCGGUCUAAAUUCAGGAAGUAUCUAGCUGUGUUUGAGUUCACUCAGGCUUGUGGCAUAUGCAAAGGCACACCGGUGAGGAUUAGAGGGGUGACUGUUGGCAAUGUUAUUCAAGUUAAUCCUUCUUUGAAAAGCAUUGAAGCAGUUGUUGAGGUUGAAGAUGACAAAAUAAUCAUACCCCAAAAUUCACUGAUUGAGGUGAAUCAGUCUGGGCUUCUCAUGGAAACUUUGAUUGAUAUUACACCCCGAGAUCCACUUCCUACACCUUCAGUUGGACCUCUUGAUCCAGAUUGCGCUAAAGAAGGUGUAAUUGUUUGCGACAGGCAAAAGAUAAGGGGAUAUCAAGGGGUAAGCUUGGAUGCAUUGGUUGGGAUAUUUACCCGUCUUGGACGUGAAGUAGAAGAAAUUGGUAUUGCCCAAGGCUAUUCAAUGGCCGAACGAGCUUUAUCUAUUGUUGAAGAGGCAAGGCCGUUGCUUGCAAAGAUCAAAGCCAUGGCUGAAGAUGUUCAACCUUUGGUGACUGAGUUUCGUGAUACCGGACUGCUGAAGGAAGUUGAGAGUUUAACCAAAAGCCUAACACAAGCCACCGAGGAAUUGAGAAGGGUGCAUUCAUCUAUCUUGACUCCUGAGAACACCGAGCUGAUCCAAAAGUCCAUAUACACACUGAUUUUCACUUUGAAGAACAUUGAGAAUAUAAGCUCUGAUAUUUUGGGAUUCACGGGUGAUGAGGCUACAAGACGCAAUUUGAAACUGCUUAUCAAGUCCCUCAGCCGGCUAUUGUGAAGAUCAUAAAAGGAACCAGAAAUAGGAUGACAGCUUAGCACAACAGUUGAUUAGAUGAUAAAGAAUGGUCUCUUAUCUUCUGGGAAAACUGAGUAUGACUCGUGAUGCAUCUUCCAUUUCGGGUUUCCAUUGCAGAGGACAGAGCCUUUUUUCAAUGCUCAGAAAUGUCAUUUUAGUUGUGUUGAAUAUUUUUUUCCUCCCAUGAAACUAGGUUUUAUCCAGUUUUAGAAAUUCCAUUGAGGCUCUGUUCUUGCUAUAGAAAAUCAAUAUUUCCCAGCUCAAUGUUGAUUAGCUUGGAUUUUGUUUCUUCUUGAAUUAUCCAUAUUUUCUUUAAUUGUCCAUCAUCUUUGUGGAGACAGCUCCCAACAUGAAGAGAAGCAGGUUGGCCAUUGUUGUCUCUC